CCGUUCAGGCUGUUUGCAGAGAAGGAGAGCCUCCUGCUGACGGUGGAGCGGCUGCAUCAGACGCUGCAGCAGCAAUGCCACCUCAGAGUGGAAAACGAGAAGCUGAGGAUGGAGGUGGAGAAUCUGAAGGAAGAGAACGAGAGAACAGCCGAGGCUGGACGGUCCGACGUCCAGCUGCUGCUCAGCCAGAURGCAGCGGCUGAGGACAGACAGCAGAGGGCGCUAGAGGCCGUCAGACAGCAGAGCAGCAGAGAGGCAGAGGAGGCGCAGACACAGGCGCAGAGGCAGAUGGAAGCUAAAGAUGCUGACGUUCAGCGGCAGCUGGAGGAGAAACAUCUGGAGCUGGAGGAGAUGAAGACGAGGAUGAAGGAGCAGGAGAGGGAGCGGCAGAGCGAGCUGCUCAAGAUGCAGAUGGAGCUCCUGGGUGUUUGUAGUCAGUUUUCUGGUUCGUUGCUCCCCCUGCUGACACCCACAGGAACUGCAGGAGGCUGGACCUGCAGUGGAUGAGCUUCAAUAAUCGAUUAAUCAGUUAAUUGGAUAAAAAUGGGCUUUUUCUUUUAACCACUUAAGCUUUUUUUAUAUAACACAAAGUACAUUAUAAUAUACAAAUAACUGAAUCCUUCUGUAAAUAAGAAAAUAAACAUUUUAUCCCCUAAAA